GUCAGCAGCGAAGGUCACUCACGGGAGCCACAAAAUCGAUCGAUGUGUAAUGAUGCACUUACUGACUCGUCAGUCGAACUCGACCUUCGCAGCUAUAUCCGUGGCGAGCGACGUGUGCCACUUGCGGUCAAGUGCUUGGCCAUGCUGUUCAUAAUCUCGACAAGCUUGCACCUGGACAAAGUCAAAGCGACGUGCAGCCUGAUCUCAGCGCUGCAUCUGUCCGUCUGUCCAAGGCGGCGCUCCGACCGAUGCUCGGCAAUCGUCUCACCCCGUCGCUAGCACCAGUCAUCGCAGCAAGCGAGUUGUACCGGCUUUCGCAGAUGCAUGGCGGUAGACGCUUUGUGCUAGAGAGCCAAGAAGAUAGAUUACCGCGAGCGAUCCUCUGGCUCUUUCUAGCACCCUGUUCGAUUUCGCUCUCUCACGAUAUCGACAUAGCUUUGAUCAAGCAAGCACCGCUCGAAGUUUGCAGCAACGGCGACGCGCCAGACCUUCGUUUAACGACGGCCAAAAUCCUAUACCGCCUGCUUCCCUCGAGGGAUCCAAGUGCUCAGACCAACGCCUCCCACGAGAUUGGUCAGGAAAGAAGCUGGAGUCAACCGUCGGCAGUCGAAAGCGUCGUGCACCGCCGCAAGACUUGCGACUCGAUCAUGCUCGCUCUUCAAAUGUCCACCAAAUGUCUUCCGUCCUCGCAGCGCCAAUCCUUCUCGCCAGCGUGGAGCAUUGGCUAUCUUGAAUGUCGAAGUCCCAUCUGGAGUUAGCCGCACAUACGCAAGCUAGAGCGCCUCACUCGUCCUUCACUGCGCCUUUCAGCGAGACUCAACAAAAAACGCAAUGCGAAUGCGAAUGCGAUCCAUGCGGUUAUGGACUUCGGUGCAUAGAGCCGACGUCGGGCAGGAUUGGUUGGACAGGUCUCGUUAUUGCUUUGAAUACCCAAAGUGCAUGUAGAUCGAUAGA